AUGUCGACGCCACAAGUCAAGCGUCGCAGGCUGAACGACGCUACGAACACGCUGAAGAGGCCGUUCAAGUCACCCUUCCGCACACCGAUCAGGCCCAACAUUGGCUCUGAUCCGCCGUCCUCUGACCCUCCUGAUUUCAGCACGGCUGCAUGCUCUACCUCGUACACGACGUCGAUUAGAGCAGUUAACACGCCAGCGAGCGCGCCUGCACCACCAAAAGCAGCCGCAACAACACCUGCACCCUCGCGGCCACGCUACAACGAACCACUUGCCGCACGAACGAGCUUAAACACGCCCUCAAGGCUUGCUCCAAGGAAAACGCCGUCGAAACCAUCCCUCACCCGCGAGCUCAUGCAGCUGCGCAACGAGAUCCAGAUCCUCACACAAGCCGAAGCCCUCGCUACUUCAACGAAGGACGAUGAUCUACAAGUUCUGAUCGACAGAUGGCGGACGGCAAGCCGUGCCGCAGCUGAAGAGCUGUUCGGCAGCACACGAGACCGCGUGAACAGGAUGGGUGGUGUGGGCGCCUGGAAAGAGCGUGAAAAGGAGGCAAAGGAGCGCACAAUGAAGUGGGACCUCGAAGAGAGAGAGGCUGAGAGGGAGAGAAUGGAAGAAGCUAAGGAGAACGGAGAGGUCGACGAUGAGGCGUACGAUAGGUAUGCGGAGAUGAUAGACGAGCAGGGCAAGGACGAGGAGGAAGACAACGCCCCCAAGGCUGCGGACGAUGAUUCAUUUACGAUGGACCUGAUGCUGAAUACACUCAACAUCGACUUGAAGCUCAUCGGCUACAACAAAGAGGCACAGCGUUGGGAUGGGUAA